CAGGAACGCCCUCUUGUCUCCAAGCUAGCUUUCUAGUCUAGGGCUUCAAAUACUAGUUUAAUGGUGAAGGUAAGUGCCGUUAUUCUUUUAAAUAGGAUGGUAAUUACUAAACUAUCAGAGAUGCAUUCGUUAAUUUUACAAGCACUCAAAAACAUACCAACUGCAGCCUGAGGAUCUCCAUUUGGAAAUGGUGCCUGGUUCCAAAGUGAAGAAGAGGUUUUCUUACAAAAUAACCGUUCAGUCAAGACGCUAAGGCUUGAGAGCCACUGGUGCCAAGGGCCACGGUGGUCAGUGGUCACUAGCCAGAGGAACGUGUCCAAGUCUGUUGUGGUGACAGUGAUUUGGGGCUGAGGGAAACUCCACCACAGAGUACACACCAUUCCCCAGAGAAGCAAAAUGGAUGAGAAGCCUACAACCAGGAAAGGUUUCUGCUCAUUACGCUAUGGGCUGGCUCUCAUCAUGCACUUCUCCAACUUCACCAUGAUAACGCAGCGUGUGGGUCUGAGCAUUGCCAUCAUCGCCAUGGUGAACAAUACACAGCAUCAGGACCCAGCUAACACAUCCAUUGAGGAGCCUUUGACAGACCCUCUCAGUAACCGGAGCAGAAGCAUCAAGGAUUUUAGCACACGGGCUGCUGUUUAUCAGUGGAGCACGGAGACUCAGGGCAUAAUUUUUAGCUCCAUCAGCUAUGGAAUCAUACUGACACUAAUACCAAGUGGAUAUCUAGCAGGGAUAUUUGGAGCAAAGCACAUACUUGGUGCUGGUUUGCUCAUCUCAUCCCUGCUCACGCUGUUUACUCCAAUGGCUGCUGACUUUGGGGUGAUUUUGGUCAUUGCCAUUCGCACAGUCCAGGGGAUGGCCCAGGGAAUGGCAUGGACUGGUCAGUUUACAAUUUGGGCAAAGUGGGCCCCUCCACUUGAAAGGAGCAAACUCACCAGCAUUGCUGGCUCAGGGGCCGCAUUUGGGUCCUUCAUCAUCCUCUGUGUAGGGGGAUUAAUCUCACAAGCAUUGGGCUGGCCUUUUGUCUUCUAUAUCUUUGGUAGCAUUGGCUGUGUCUGCUGUGUUCUGUGGUUCACAGUGAUUUAUGAUGAUCCCAUGAAUCACCCAUGCAUAAGCGCGAGGGAAAAGGAACAUAUCUCAUCCUCACUGGCUCAGCAGUCUAGUUCUCCCAGAAGAUGCAUCCCCAUCAAGGCCAUGGUCAGAUGCCUGCCACUGUGGGCCAUUUUCAUGGGUUUUUUCAGCCAUUUCUGGCUAUGCACCAUAAUCUUAACAUACCUACCGACAUACAUCAGUACAGUGCUCCACGUUAACAUCAGAGAUAGUGGGGUUCUGUCCUCCCUGCCUUUUAUUGCUGCCUCAAGUUGUACAGUUUUAGGAGGUCAGAUGGCAGAUUUCCUUCUGUCCAGGAAUCUUCUCAGCUUAAUCACAGUUCGAAAACUCUUUUCAUCCCUGGGGCUCCUUCUUCCAUCAGUCUGUGCUGUGGCCCUGCCCUUUGUGACUUCCAGUUACAUAACAACCAUUGUUUUGUUGAUACUCAUUCCUGGGACCAGCAAUCUGUGUGACUCGGGGUUCAUCAUCAACACCCUAGAUGUUGCCCCCAGAUACGCAAGUUUCCUCAUGGGCAUCUCAAGGGGAUUUGGGCUUACUGCAGGAAUCAUCUCUUCUACUACCACCGGAUUCCUCAUCAGUCAGGAUUCUGAAACAGGAUGGAGAAAUGUGUUUUUCUUGUCUGCUGCCGUCAACAUGUUUGGUAUGAUCUUUUACCUUAUAUUUGGACAAGCAGAAAUCCAGAACUGGGCCAAAGAAAGGACUCUUACCCGCCUCUGAGGAUGUAGAGUUGGAGAACUAAAUGAAGUACUGACCCUUGACUUCUUAACAUAUUUUGCUUAUCACCAUUCUUUCUUCACACUCACGAUUGAAGACACGGCACUUCUCUAUUCUGGUUAAGUGCUAGCUUUUCCCAAAGAACUUCAAAAACAUAUGCCCAGGCUACAUUUCAGAGUGAGUUAGUCUGGGGAAACCCAGGUGCCACAUUUUGGACUUCCCCAGACUUUUUUCCAAAAUGCAACUGUGGGUGAAAAUUGGUAGAGGAACUUGAAGUCAACUCUCGUUGCCUUUGAACUCAAUCUGAAUAAAUAUGAUAAAUACCUUCAUGGGGACUGCUAUGAACACAGAGAAGAUCUUCUAGGAAUUGUAUCUAUGAGCUAUAAAACAGCACAGAGCAGAAUUUAAACCUAUAACCAAGAAUUAACUUUGUUAUUUUUAUAAUACUUCAGGAAACAUAGGUGUUUAUGUGGUUAAAUGCUGUUAAAAUAAACAUGCUAAGAUUAAACA